UCUAACAAAAUAUGAGAACAUAAUAAAAAUCAUUUCCUUUUCUUCUUUUCCUCACAAAUCCCCUCAACCAAACAAAGCCAUACCCACACUUCUGAAAUUCGGGUACCAUUGUCUUCUCUUGGGAUCUCACAAACCACAAAACCCUAUUUAUAAGGAAGAAAAAGAAAGAGAAAGAGUAAAAACACAAAAACCCUUUUUGUUUUUGUGUUUGCCGAUUGACUCAUCUCCUGACAUCAAAACUUAAAACAUAACAUUCAAGAUUUCUAACAGAAAACCCAGAAAUUUCCCGAUAUUUGUUUUCAAAAUAAAAAUAAAAAUAAAAAUUAGAGACGAACUUAUUGAGGAGAGAAAUAUGGAGGCGGUGGAGGACUUGGAAGCUCAACAACAGAAGACAAUGGAAUCUCAUCUUCCCAAAAUUCAGAGAAAGGCUAAGCAUCCUGUUAUAUUAAAGUUUAAGGAUGUUGUGUACAAAGUUAAACUUCCAAUACAGAAGAAGACAUUAUUUAACAAGUCGGCAGAAUCAGCAUUACGAGAGAAGGUGAUACUUAACGGUAUUUCCGGAGUGGUAAAACCCGGCGAAAUGCUAGCAAUGCUUGGGCCUUCAGGCAGUGGUAAAACAAGUCUGUUAACUGCCUUAGGUGGUCGACUAGGUGGCAACCUUAAAGGAAACAUAGCCUACAACGAUAAACCAUACUCGAAGCAAAUGAAGCGAAACACAGGUUUUGUGACACAAGAUGAUGUGCUUUAUGCUCAUUUAACUGUCACAGAAACUCUAGUUUACACUGCAUUAUUAAGGCUACCAAACACAUUCACAAAAGAAGAAAAGAUUGGUAUAGCAGAGGAUGUUUUAAUCCAAAUGGGCCUUAGUAGGUGCAAGAAUAGUAUGAUUGGGGGUCCAUUAUUGAGAGGGAUAUCUGGUGGGGAGAGGAAGAGGGUUAGUAUUGGGCAAGAAAUGUUGAUUGACCCAAGUUUGUUGUUCCUUGAUGAGCCUACUUCAGGGUUGGAUUCAACCACGGCCCAACGUAUCGUGUCGACGUUGUGGGACCUAGCUCAAGGAGGGGGUAGAACAGUUGUGAUGACUAUACAUCAGCCUUCAAGUAGGCUAUUCUACAUGUUUCAUAAGGUAUUGCUGUUAUCUGAAGGUAACUCUUUGUAUUAUGGUAGUGGUUCUGAUGUUAUGGACUACUUUCUCAGUGUGGGUUAUAUCCCCUCUGUUCCAAUGAAUCCAGCUGACUUUCUCCUAGACCUUGCUAAUGGACUUUCUCCAAAUGAGACAGAAGACCAAGGGACUGUAAAAGAGAAACUAAUUGUGGCAUACAAGAAUAAAAUAGCAAACAAAUUAAAAACAGAAUUGCAGGAAGAAGAGGCGGCGGUUACAGAUGAUAGUAAGAAAGUUGGCAAGUGGCCAACCACUUGGUGGCAACAGUUUAGUGUACUUCUUGAGAGGGGUAUGAAAGAGAGGAGGCAUGAGUUUUUCGAUCUUCUUAAGAUUACACAAAUCCUUGUUGUAGCCUUUCUCGUUGGACUUCUCUGGUGGCAGUCCAAUAUCACUCAUUUACAGGACCAGGUUGGACUUAUCUUCUUCUCAAAUGGAUUUUGGGGUUUCAUCCCAUUAAUGAACGCUAUCUUCGCAUUCCCACCAGAACGUAUGGUACUGGCAAAGGAAAGAUCAUCAGGAAUGUACAGACUAUCAUCUUAUUUCGUAGCAAGAAUGAUAAGCGAUCUUCCAAUGGAGCUCAUACUACCUACAGUAUACACCAUCAUAACUUAUCUAAUGGGAGGACUCAAAUAUAAGAUGACAUGUUUCCUGUAUUACUUGUUCUCUCAACUCUUAGGCAUUAUGGUUGCACAGGGACUAGGCCUUGCUUUAGGGGCUAUAGUCAUGGACCAUAAGGCCGCCACCACUUUAGGGUCUGUCCUCAUGCUUACAUUUAUCCUAGCCGGUGGGUACUAUGUUCAACACAUCCCUGCAUUCAUAAAGUGGAUUAAAUACUUAUCAAUAAUGAACUACGAUUUCAAGCUACUGAUCGGAUCUCAGUAUAAGCCAGGACAGACUUACCCCUGUGGAGAUAAAAUGUGCUUAGUGGAAGAUUUUCCUUCUGUUAAAUCAGUAGGACUUAAUGGGCAGUUUGUUUGUGUGGUCGUUUUGUUGGGAAUGUUUGUUGUUUAUCGGGUAAUUGCUUAUGUAGCACUUAUGCGUAUUGGUGUAACGCGUAAGAUUAGGAAAGCUUAAGUUAUAUUGGUUAUCGUUGCAUAACAUUGUAAUCAAGAUUUUCAUUGAAAUCGGCUACACUCUCUAUGCUUGCAUCACUUUAUCAUUUAUAGAAUAUCAAUCAUCAUCCCAAAUACGAAGUACU